AUGGAGAAGCAGCUGACUAUUGGCCUGUCUCUGUUGCUGGGGCUCCUCCUAGUCAUGUCUGAGGUGGAAAGGGGGGGCGGAAGGAGGAGUCCCAGAAGCACCCGUCCCACUCCUCAGAGCAAAAAGCAGGCCACUGCUCCUACACCUUCAUCGUUCCCCAGCAGAAACUGAAAGGGGCGCUGUGUGUGAGCACCGAGUCUACCACCGGCGCCGCCAACCACUCAGAGAUAGCGGCUCUGCGGGAGGAGUUGAGCCAUCAGCAGGAACAGCUGGAGAAGCUGAGGGGCCAGCUGGAACAGGAGGGGGCCCUGGCUACGGAGGUAUGGGCGCUACGGAAAGAGAGUGGCAGCAUGAACGCCCGCAUCGCCCAGCUCUACACUCAGCUGCUGCACGAGGUUAUGUUCAAGAAGGACCAAGUGGUCGAACAGAGGCAGGUCGAGAACCUACUGCUCAACGUCACCACACAGGUAAUCAGACAGAGAGCAUUAUGGGAACAGCUGUGUUCAUAAGGGGGAAGUUAGAAUCAUAUAACUGUAUACCUGCUCCUACUAUCUCUCUACUGUCUUAGCAUCCUUUGCCUAUCUAUGACUGGCAUGUAACACCUUUAUAACAUCCCUCAUUGUCCCAUUGUCCGUUGCUCGGUCAUGGUGGACCAACAUCCCAGAUGCUGCAGAUGUCCACUAGUUACAGGGAUCUGGAGAAGAAGUAUGGAGCCCUCACCUCCAUGAUGAGCAACCAGAGUCAGCUCAUCACCCGGCUGGAGAAGCAGUGCCAGGCCACCAAGAACACUACCCCACCUCCACAGGUAGGGAAGCUCUGUAUUUAUCAAACCACUGGUAUUGUUAUCAUGGGCCUUUCUCAGAUUCACAUUAAGACCAGUCUUAAGCUAAAGUUGUACCAUAACAUACUACAGUACCCAUAAUGCUCUGUACAAAAGUCUUUAUAUGUUUGUGUUGUAUUGGACAGAUGACCUCUGAACCCCGGAGUAUCCAGUCCAGUGGGCCGCUAAAUGACAGCUCAGAGUCCAAGGAGAUGGCUAAUGAUGUUCAGCGAGACCAGGGUGGUCCUCCACUACAGCCACAUUUACAUUUACAUUUACGUCAUUUAGCAGACAGGAGGAGCGAGAACCCCUCCAGGGGAUAAAGGUGCUCCCCACCACCAUGGCCGACACUCCUACUGAUGCCCACUUCAUAACCUUCCCUGUCGCUAAGACCCCAGGUAAAUCACUGCACCCUCGGAUCUUACAGCUUAACCAUCACUGUCUGUGUAGGAAUGGAGGACUGUUUUUGUAAGGCAGUGGGUGAAAGAGCAACACUGUGUAUCAAUCUUCACCCCGCAACGUUAUCACACAUUAUAACACUUUGUUUCUAUUUCAGUCAAUACAUUGCACAUCUCAUUGGUUCCUGUUUAGUUUUGAUAUUGUUUUUCAUUGUCACCUCUGACAACAAUCACAACAAGCAAGCUGUUUUCUUUCGGCCCUUCAAAUGCUUAAUUGUUUGCGGUUCGGACCUUGAGUUUGUGUAUGAAACAAUGUCAGUAUUUUGUCAGUGUUAUUUACUCUCCAGAAGACACUGUGCAGAAGCUCGGGGAGUCACUGACCUGCUGAUAGGCCUAAACAAUGUCGAAUAACUGCCAGCUGUUCUCAUCUGAGAAGAGUAGGGGCUUUGUUAAUGAGGAAUACACACACGCAUGCACACACACACACUGUCACGAUCGUUGUAAGAGGCAGACCAAGGCGCAGCGUGAUAGGCGUACAUCUUUUAAUGAGUACUUGACACCAACAACAAAACGAUACGUGAAGUCUAAAUGUUCACCAACACAAACCUAUACAGAACAAGAUCCCACAAUGACUAGUGAAAACAGGCUGCCUAAGUAUGGUUCCCAAUCAGAGACAACGAGCCACAGCUGCCUCUGAUUGGGAACCACCCUGGCCAACAUAGAUCUAAACGAUCUAGAAUGAAAACAUAGAACAACUAAACAUAGGAAAAUCCACACCCAGGCUCAACAUUUAAGAGUCCCCAGAGCCAGGGCGUGACACACACACACAAAGUUUGACUUUGAUAUAACAUUUGCAAAGUCAUCAAUAAUAUUUGUUAUAAAUAACAAUCAAAUGGGCCAAAAUAUAAUCCUCUUUUUUAGGAAAUAAACCAUCAAAGUACCUAAUCCAGAAUUUGGCACCAAUAAUCAGAUUUGUCAGCACCUCCUCUUUAGAAAGAGCGAUUAGGAUGAAUUCCAAAUAAAAAGAUAAUUGAAUCUAAAAAAAUCUAAUUUACCAGCAGUACACACAGCAAACACACACACACACACACACACACACACACACACACACACACACACACACACACACACACACACACACACACACACACACACACACACACACACACACACACACCCUAACAAACACACACCCUAAUCACAGCCCUCUUUAGGACAUUGCAAUGUAACCUUGAAUUACAAGGCGAUACCCUCCUACAAUGCACUUUGUGUGUGCAACUGGAAUGUGUGAGAUUACAAGGCAGACCAUUUAGAUGAGUGUGACCACCUUGAUGGACAGGGUCCUCCCACAGUGGAGCUGAGCAGCAGCAGUAACAGGGGGACUUCACACCAGUUAGAGUGUAUAAUAAAGGGACCAUGACUCAGAGCUUAUCUAUGUGUGUGAUGAGGAGAUACUCGUCUAUAGAAUGAGUGUACAGUUACAGUAUGGAUGACCCUUGGUCUGAAGUGUGUGAGAGAGAGGUGAUGCUUAGCCUUUCUGUGUCCGUUCAUGCAGUGUAUGCUUAUCUUUUCCAGUGUGACAUGAGACAUUCAACAUGUGUUGUGAAAGAAUGUCUUCGGCAGUAAAGAGAUAAGCUGAAGCAAAGCGAAAAAACAUGUAUCUGUGACCCUGUUGACUCUAAAACAAACAGAAUUCCAGACCCCUCUCUCCAUUACGUGUUUCACUCACAUCACUCCCUCAUUUCAAGCAUUUGGUUGAGCCUGCCUGGUGGCAGGUGGGCGGAGUUGGGACGUUCUGGACUUCCAUUGGUUCCAUUGCACCCAUUGGUUCCUUUGUACCAGGCAGGCUCAAUCGAGCACAAUUAUUACUAUUUGAACCCAGGUCUGUUCCUAAAUCCUAACUGCCUUUGUGAAUCACAUACCUAUACUAUCUCUGUCCCUCAAGACCCUGGAGAUACUGCCAGCAUGUGCUGGACUCGGGCGAGACCACCAAUGGGAUCUACCUGCUGCAUCCACAGAGCACCAACCGGCUUCUGCAGGCCUGGUGUGAACAGACCAAGGCCCAGGGAGGCUGGACCGUCAUCCAGAAGAGACAGGAUGGAUCAGUCAACUUCUUCAGGACCUGGGAGCAGUACAAGGUGCUCUCACCUCCAGUGGCAGUGAUCCACUAAAAGCGAAGCUCUCAAGAGCUUGUUAUGACAUCAGACAGUGUGCAGUUACCAUUGUUGUGCUCCAAAACACUGCAAUACCAAAAACCCACACCGUGAGUGUGUGCACUGCAGACCCAUAAUCCUUUCCCUCCAUAUAAUCCUCCAUUUACCUUUCAUUUCAGCUGAUUAUAUGUGAUGAAACAUGAGCUGUAUAGUUACUGUAAUUGGCAAUCAUCACAAUGGGCUAUAAAACCAGAAGAACAGCUGGUAUUACAGGUCAGAGACUCAAGAGUAUCCUUCAGUUGAGGACGGUUUAACAUCACAGAAGUCAUGAAAACUAUUGCUACAGUGAACAUAACCCUAAACUAUCUGUUGUACCCCUCCACCCCAGCAAGACUUUGGGAACCUGGAUGGAGAUUACUGGCUGGGUCUGGAGCACCUCUACUGGCUGACCAAGCAGGCCCACUACAAGCUUCAGGUGGCCAUGGAGGACUGGCAGGGCCGCCAGGUGUUUGCAGAGUAUGACAGCUUCCGUCUGGAGCCUGAGAGCGACUGGUACCGUCUGAGGCUGGGGGAAUACCAAGGCAACGCCGGAGACUCAAUGUCCUGGCACAAUAACAAAGCCUUUACAACUCUGGACAAGGAUAAGGAUGCUUAUUCAGGUGAAUCCUCUCUCACCUCUACUACCCUCUCUCUUUUCCUUUCUGCCUCUUUUCAUGGCUGCCUGUUUUAACACCCAGGUUUGGCAUGAUGAGUUGGUUUUUCUCUCCAUUUCCUCAUUAGGGAACUGUGCCCACUUCCAGAAGGGGGGCUGGUGGUACCACAUGUGUGCCCACUCCAACUUAAACGGCGUGUGGUAUCGAGGGGGUCACUACCGCAGCCGCUACCAGGACGGG